ACAUUCCCAAUUAUCUCACGGGGCAAAUUAGGGUGGGGGAAGGCUAAGAGGGUUGUCUAUGCAGUGGGCCAGCUGAGAGUAGAGGAGGAAGGGUGCCACGUUGAUGGUGUGUUCUGUGUUGGAGGGCCUGGGUGGAGCCUGUGCCGGGCUGCCACAGGUUGUCGUUCCCAGCGGCAGCCGGAAGGGGCCGGGAUCCAGUCAGCGGCGCCGGCAGCACCGAGUCGGAACGAGCAACGCGGCCCUUCCUCAAACCCGGCAGCGUGACCCAGGUUGCGCUGCUGAACUCGGAUCCAGUUUCCUUCAACCUUCCCGCAGCUCUUGCUGACAAACACACCCGGCUGUGGGCACACUGGCAGCGGAGGAUGGGAUGACUACUCUCAGAAGCAGAGGCAAGAUGAACAGCCAAAGAGUGAAGAUGUACAAUCACAACACCAUUACAACAAGCAAGCAGGCCAUUCAGCCCAUCUUGUCUCUGCCUGAGUAAUAUGGUUCCACUUCUGGCUCUUUCUUUGUAGCCAUUGCUAAAGCCGCCAGUAGAAAUGGACUCCUUACAAAGUGACCGCAGCCCCUCACCAAACCUGGAUGCAAUUGAGACCUCAGUGGAAGAGGAUAGUUUUGAAUUGCGCUCACGUGGAAGAGAUGCCAAGUUAAGUGAGUCCCUGAACUCUGACGACUUCAAGAAGUUUCACCGUGGAUCUACAAUUAAAAAGUACAACUCUCAGUAUCACAAACUCUUCAAGGAUGUCCCUGAGCAGGAGACAUUGAGGAAAGUCUACUCCUGUGCUCUCCAGAAAGACAUCUUAAUCCAGGGCCGUCUCUAUAUCUCAAGCAACUGGGUGUGCUUCUACGCUAACUUCUUUGGAAAAGAUAUUAAGGUCAUGGCUUCGGUUACCUCGGUCGUACUGGUCAAGAAACAUCGGACAGGAGGGCUUUUGCCCAAUGGACUUGUGAUCAGGACAAGCUCAAAUGAAAAGUACAUCUUCGUCUCCUUCAUCUCGAGGGACAGUGUCUACGAUGUGUUGAAGCAGGUCUGCUCACACUUACAGGAUAACAGUAAGAAGAGCUUGAGUGUGGGCACAGACACAUUGGAUUCCCAUCCUUUGGAAGGCUAUAGGUUACAUUUGGAGUGGAAAAGAAAACUCUCUAAUGGCUCCUCAUCCUCACAGCCUGAAACAGAACACCAGUCGCUGCUGGGAAACUCCACCAGCAGCCUGAGUACUCCAGAGGUGGAGAGCUCCAGCUGCAGCAGUCAGACCUUCAGAGAAAGACUGGUGAAGAAAGAAAAAAUACUUGAAUUGGAUUCAGUCGAAGGAAUCAGCCAAGUAGAAUAUCGAAUACUCUGGAUAUUAAUUGUCACCGUCCUUAUUCUCUUGGCAUCCUCCAUUUACAUGACAUACAGAGUGUUCUCACUGGAACAACAGUUGGGACUUCUGGACACAGCCUCCCAGUCACCCACCCACAAGAGGUAAGGUAGGUCCCCGAGGUUUUGUUGAAGCUGUUGGCUCACAGUGGCUCAGCGUUGGACCAGACAGCCCAGAGACUGUUUUCCUGUACUCACUGGAUGGGAUUGGAACUGAAAGAGGCCAAUUACAAACUGUGAGCAGCUGAUGUCUCCAGCACACUCUGAUAUUACCACAACACAAAGGUUUCCAUUUCAAAGCACUUGCACAAAACCCAAUAAGAAGCCUAUUUUUUUAAUUUAUUUGUUAAAUAAAGUUUAGUCCAUUCUAAAGGUUAAAGAACCUCACUCCUACUGCCCUGGGGCUAGGACACCCAGCAUUCACCAGCAAGAGCUUUAUUCUAAGCAUUUGUGAGUUGGACGUCAGGACUAGUUGUUGACAGGGCAGCCGUGAGCCCCAUGCGCCGAGUGAUGGAAGACUCAACCUUCUGAAGCAGCAGAAGAGACCACAGCGGACUGGAACUCGGUGUCUUACAGCGCCCUCGUCACUGGAACGAUGGGAGUUCUUGGCCGCCCAUCCUCUAAACAAAUUGUUUCAUUGACCUAGGCCAGUCACUGCCUUACCUCCUCACUUUGUUCCACAUCCUUGCUCAGCAGAUGCCAAUUGUUUCUGUGCUCUCCACAUCUCGAAGAAGCUUUAGCAGCUGUUUACAUUGUGAAAUGACCCAUCUUUGGAUCUUAUGUGGGCAUUCCGAUAAUUAAAAGUGUGGGUCCCUUCUGUGUUCAGUAAUACAAGACAGCAUCUGCUCCUGCUAUGGUGUCAGAUUCAUAGCAGUGGAGUAAACACCAUCGCAGGGAGCAGAGGGAGAGCAGUUGCUGGAGGGAGGGUGGUCAGGGGAGGGAAGUGUAUUCAGUGGAGAGAGUGGGACAGAGAGCAUUUGCUGGAGGGAGCACAGUCAGUGGAGAGAGUGGAGGAAAGGAGAUUGCCAGGAGUGAGGGUGGUUGCUGGAGGGAACGCAGUCAUUGGAAGGAGGGUGGUCCCCAAACAUAAUGGUGAGAAGGUGAUCGGGAGGGUGAAAUGAGUAGGGGUCAUCAUUGAGAGUGGUGGGAGGGCCUCAAGUGGAGUAAAUGGAGGGAGGAGGCCACAGUGGAAGAAAGGAACGAGAGCCAGGGAGAACGGAGGGAGGGCCAUUGAUGGGAGGGGAAUCCGUGGAGGGAGAGCCGGAGAGAGACCAGUAGCUGUGGGUGGGUGUUCGCUGGGUAUCUUGAAAAAGUAAGAAAGCUGAAAGAAGGAAUUUGCUUUAAAGUGGGUGGACACAUUAUUCUGUUGGUCGUGGGCAGCAGGUGGAUAUGGGAACAUGCAAGAUACUGUGGAAUGAUUUAGUAUUGAAUUGUGAGUACUGAACAAGGGAGAAGGUGGACCCUUCAUACUGGGGUUAUAAAGUAAUAGAUUGUUUGUAGAUCCCAGCAAGGCCAUUGGGAGAGUUUUGAUGUACAGAAUGCAUUUCUGAUGCUCAGAUUCUGACCUGUGAACAGGGUGCAGGCUCUCCCUGGAGCACUCACUAUUUGAGCUUCAUAAACACUGGGCUUCUCUCUUGCUAAUCAGAAAUACUUGCUGUUCUUAUUAUUUGGUUUAAUAAAUGUUACAGUGUUGUUCCUGUGA